UAAAUACCUUUCACCAGCUCUGAUCUUCGUUUUCGUAUAUUUCAAACCACUGUGAAAGGCAUAGCGAGGGUCGCCAUGAAAGCCUUCAAGAAACCCUAAUUUCACUUCAAUUUUGGAUUUAUUCUCCCAAAAGCGUCGCCUUUUUUGCUGUUGGGGAGUGGUUCUUUCAGUUCGCAUCGAAGAAAUUUUGAAAUUCUCCGUUGCCGGAACGAUGAUAGUUCGAACUUACGGCCGGCGGAGCCGGGGUUAUUCAGAUGGUGGAGAUGGAUUUGAGGAUGGGGAUUCGCCUCAAGAAAGUCCACAGGAUGUUUACAAUUUUACGUUUUCAUCCCAAGACUCCGGCCACUGGGCAUCGUCGUUAAAUAAUUCAGAUCCAUACGGUAUUGGAUCGUCUCAGGAGUGCCCUGGAUUGGCAAUCUUGCCCUCGGGGAAGGAGGGCGAUGGGGAUGGGGAUUUUGAGGAUCGGAAUGGACACUGCUGGAAAUCCAAGAAGAAGAUGAAGGUGUUUGAUUGGGAUCCCUACAGCUUGAAUUCGUCGCAGGAGUCGGAUGAAGUGAUGAUUUUACCGCCGAGAAGUGAUAGGGAUAGUGGGGAUUUUGGUGGGGCUUUUGGGAAACCAAAGAAGGCGAAGACUGGGAAGAAGGGGAAGGAAAAUGGGGCUUUGCAGAAGAAGAAAAUGAGUAAAAAGGUUAAACAAGAGGAGUCAGCAUCAAUUGCGGCCACGUUAAUGGAGACCCAAGAGUAUGGUGAGAUGAUGGAGAACCUUGAUGAGGUGAAUUUUGCUUUGGAUGGUUUGAGAAAGGGGCAGCCUGUGAGGAUCAGAAGAGCAAGUCUGUUAUCCUUGCUAUCCAUAUGUGGUUCGAUUCAGCAGCGCAGGCUUUUGAGAGCUCAUGGGAUGGCCAAGACAAUUGUUGAUGCUGUUGUGGGGCUCUCCUCUGAUGAUUCAUCAAGCAACCUUGCUGCUGCAGCUCUGUUCUACAUUUUCACCAGUGAUGGACGAGACGACCAUUUUCUAGAUUCUCCAGGCUGCAUUUGCUUUCUGAUUAAAUUGCUGAAACCAGUUAAGUCUGAUGUUUCUGUAGCAAAGACACAGACAAUUGGUAGCAAGCUUCUCGCAAUACGCUUAGAUGCUGAUAUUUCCCAAGAUUUGGCAAAAGGAGCUGAUUCUACCACAAAUUCUAUUAUGCUAAAGGUUCAGGAAGUUCUUGUCAAUUGCAAGGAAAUGAAGCCCACGGGUGACAAUAACAGAGCUCAGAAACCAGAACUUAAUCCAAAAUGGAUUAGUUUGUUGACAAUGGAGAAGGCUUGCCUAUCUACAAUUUCCAUUGAAGACACCUCUGGCACUGUGCGGAAAAGUGGAGGCACCUUCAAAGAAAAGUUGAGAGAGCUCGGAGGACUUGAUGCAGUUUUUGAAGUGGCAAGGAAUUGUCAUUCAGUUUUGGAGGGAUGUUUGGAGGAGAAUUCAUCUUCCUUUCUGGAUUCAAAAGGUACUACUGGCUUAGAAAGCCUGGUUCUGCUUUUAAAGUGUCUGAAGAUCAUGGAAAAUGCCACAUUCCUUAGUAUGGAUAAUCAGAACCACUUGCUGCAAAUGAAAGGAAAGCUCGAUAGUCUGCGUUCCCCUAGAUCUUUCACAAAGCUCAUUUUAAGUGUCAUUAGGAUUCUGUCAGGUGCUUCCUUACGUAGACGUUCUUCAGAAAGUUUUCAGGAUGAAAAGAUUUCUGAACUUUGUGAUAGGAUUGGCAAUGCGUCAAAGUCAACUUCAAUAGUUGAUGACAAAGACAGCAAGGAGAUCUUUUCUAUCAUUUCCUCCGUGAGUAGUGAGGGGGCCUUUUCCUCGAAGUGGUUUACUGAAUCUCAAACUGAUGAACAGUUGAUGUCUGAUCAACUAGGUUCUUCUAAAUCUAUUUUGGAAGGUACAACCACUAGCGCUACUGAUUCUUGGUGGUUGAAAACAAGAAUCGACUCCUCUACAUCUGGGUCAUGCAGUGGAAGCUCUGGCCGUAUUAAUUCUGGAAAAAAUAAGAACAUAGCAAAAGUAAAUACUCAAGAUCCUUUUGCCUUUGGUGGAAGCAUUAAGGAGCAGAAGCUUGAACUUAUGGAUGAUACCGAAGAUCCUUUUGCCUUUGAUGAGGAUGACGUUGAACCCUCUAAAUGGGAUGUACUGUCUGGAAAGAAAAAAGUGUCUCGGGCUCAAAAUGGUAGGGCAACAGUUCAUGUACGUGAAGACAGACCAACUCAGUCUCUAUUGGGGCUGAGCCAACAAGAGUCAAAUAACAAUAAUACCAGUAGUUCUUGUGAGGCUUCUUGUUCAUCUGUUGCUGAUGAAGAAAUGUCCAACCUUCUGGCAGAUUGCCUUCUUACAGCUGUUAAAGUUUUAAUGAACUUAACAAAUGACAACCCCAUCGGCUGUGAACAAAUUGCUUCAUGUGGAGGUCUAGAAACCUUGUCUUGUUUGAUUGCUGGUCAUUUUCCCUCCUUCGGUUCAAACGUGGAGUGCGGUUUUUCAUCUAAAUCAGACAUCAAGCAAAUUGAAAGUACUCUCAGUGAUCAAGAGCUCGAUUUUCUUGUUGCUAUUUUGGGUUUGCUUGUGAAUUUGGUAGAGAAGGAUACACGCAACAGAUCAAGGCUUGCAGCUGCUAGUGUUUCGUUGCCCGGCAUGGAAGGUUUGAAGGAGAAUUGUACAGAUGUGAUUCCAUUAUUGUGCUCUAUCUUUUUGGCUAAUCAAGGAGCAGGUGAAGCUGCUGGAGAAGGACAAUUGACUUGGGAUGACGAAGAAGCUCUAUUAAAGGGGGAGAAAGAAGCCGAAAAAAUGAUUGUAGAAGCGUAUGCAGCUCUCCUCCUCGCAUUUCUUUCAACCGAAAGUAAGAGCACCCGCAACUCAAUCGCCAAAUGUCUUCCUGAUCGGAGCUUGGCUGUUCUCGUCCCCGUGUUGGAGAGAUUUGUGGAUUUUCAUCUCUCACUGAACAUGAUCUCCCCGGAGACUCACUCUGCAGUGCUCGAGGUCAUCGAAUCGUGUAGGAUCCCGUGAACUAAUACCGCGAUUAGCAUGGUCCCCGCGCAAGGAUAACAAGCACAGAUCGCGAGAAACGAUCCUUUUUUUUUUUCAUAGUAUGAUAGGAUCUGUAUAUUCUGCGUCUUCCUUUGAAUCCUUCAAUCUUGUAAUUAUGGUUAUAUUUUUGAUUCUUUUACUUGUUUCUCCCCAUUUCUUGUAUACGAACAAACACAAUCUUUCAAUUCUAACACUCGUAGAAGCAGUCGAGAUUUCCUAUCCCUUCUUCAGAACAAUCUUCAGUGUGCUCUUAUAGUUGCUCCCUUGAAAUACUUGUUCAAAUGGAAGCUUUGGGUUAUCAUUAAUAAUAGUUUUAAUUAUUAAAA